AUGUCGAUACUCCACGUCGGGGAGACCGCCCUCAGCGUGGGCAGCUGGGUCGUGUGCUCCAUUGGCAUGAUGCUGUUCAACAAGUUUGCCGUCAGGGCCUUCCCAGCGGAGUGCACCCUGGUGGCGUUACAGAUGGCCGUGACCGUCGUCGCCAUGCUGCUGUUCUGCGCGAGGUCCAUCAGGAUAGGCUCGUUCAUGGACGUGCUGCGGUGGUCCAUGGUGGUGCCCUUCUUCACAGGGAUGCUGCUGUCCUCUAUCCUGGCGCUCAAGUUCGCGCCCAUGAGCCUGGUUGUCGUCUUCCGCACGCUGUCCCCCUUGUUGUCCCUGAUGAUUGAGCGCAUGUACCCCGAUCCGCUGCGAAUCAGCUUGCACAUGGUCGGAAGCAUAGCGAUCAUGUUGGUCGGGGCCUGCAUGUACAGCUCGGCCGUGCACAGGUCGGGCCUCGGAGGCAUAUGCUGGGUGUUCCUUAACAUUUUCUUUGCCGUUGGAGACCGCCUGCUGCAGCGGCUGAUGCUCGCGAAGGACCAGAGCCCCGUCGACAUCUCCAAGACCGGAAUUACGCUGCUGAACAAUAUUGAGGGUUUGUUGCCGUUGUUAGCCGUGAUGCUCAUCAAGAAUGAGUUUGCGGAUAUACCCGAAGCGGUUGCCAGCCUGACAACCUCUGGCUACGUGUGGGUGACCCUCAGCUGCUUGGUUGGCAUUGCCAUAAGCUACACAGGUAUCUGGGCACAGAGCAUGAUCAGCGCGACAAGCUUCUUAGUUCUCGUGAACGCGAACAAGUUCGUGAUCAUCUUCAUAGAGGCGUUCUGUCUGCAGUCCAAGAUCCUUACCCCGAUGCAGGUUGUCAGUGCUUGCGUGACUAUCAUCGGUGGCGUGAUGUACGGAAAAGCUCGCGACACGCUUGAGAAAGACGUGAGGACGAAGAGAGAAAAGGAACCUCUCAAUCGACCCAGGGAUUCAAAGGUCUGA